AUGUCACGUUUCUUAACUUUGGAAAGACGAAUGAAUCGUGAGCGUGAUUUUGCUGAAGCAUAUAGAAAAUUCAUAGAUAAUAUGAUAGUUAAAGAGUAUGCAGAGGAAUGUAAGCCUAUUACUUACUAUAACUGUAAUCGUAUUAGUACCUCUGAUUCCUUACAUUAUAAGAAUAGUUCUGCGCAAAAUUAUAGACUGUACUUACCACAUUUUGGGGUUUACCACCCACAAAAGCGUAAGCUUAGAGUCGUGCAUGAUGCAGCGGCUACAAAUCAAGGCGUCUCAUUGAAUUCUCUUCUUCUUCAGGGACCUGAUCUUUUAGAAAAUUUAGUUGGUAUCCUUUUUAGAUUUAGAGAAGGUCGCAUUGCUUUGACGGCAGAUAUCAAAGAAAUGUUCCCUCAAAUACGCAUUAGAGAGCAGGAUAGAGAUGCUUUACGCUUCUUGUGGCGUUACAAUUCAAUUAAAGAUGCACCUUUAAAAGAAUAUAGAAUGUGUGCGGUUAUUUUUGGAGCUACUUCUAGUCCAUUUAUCGCUCUAUAUAUCAAAAAUAAAAACGCAAUUUUUUAUCAAGAUCGGUAUCCAGAAGCGGUUGAUGCAAUUAUACAUGACCAUUAUAUGGACGACUAUCUUGGUAGUUUGGAUAAUGAGGAUCAGGCCGCACAGCUUGCUUUUGAUAUAGUUACUGUCCAUAGUAAAGCUUGCUUCGAAAUGCGUGGUUGGCUGUCUAAUAAUAAAGAAGCGUUGAGACUAAUUCCCGAGGAACUUCGCGCCGCGCACGCUGAGGAGGUUCCACUCGGUAAUACUUCAUCUAGUAUUAAAGUAUUAGGCGUUUCUUGGGAUCCCUCAACAGACCUUAUAGGUUUUAGGACCGGUUUGGAAAAUUUUACUUUGGGAACCAAUCUUAAUAAACGUAAGGUAUUAUCACACCUUAUGAAAGUCUAUGACCCGCUAGGUUUGCUGGGUCCAAUUGUAGGAAAAGGUCGCAUAUUACUCCAAGACGUGUGGAGAUCAAAUAUUGAUUGGGAUACGCCCUUUUCUCCUUCAGAAGUAUCAAAGUGGACCGAAUGGUUUAAAGAACUUUUGAUGUAUCAACCAUCAAAAUUCCACGUUGAUGCAAGCGAGCUUGCUUAUGCGUGUGUGGCUUAUUGGAGAUUUUUGUAUCCAGAUGGUUGUGUCAAGCUCGCUCUCAUCGCUAGUAAAACAAGAGUUUCACCUUUAAAACCAACUUCAAUUCCGCGUUGGCUUAGAAGCGACGCGCGUUCAUUCAAGCCAUUUGUAGCCCAUCGAAUCGGUGAAAUUUCUGAGAAUUCUCGUAUACAGGAUUGGAGAUGGGUUCCAACUAGCUUGAACGUUGCUGAUGAUGCCACACGCACGAAACCCCUUAAUUUGAAUUCAAACCACCGUUGGUUUACGGGACCCCCAUUUCUUCUUGGUUCCCCGAAAGAUUGGCCUGUUGAACCAGCUGGUCAGCCCAUGGUUCAAGAGGAACGCAGACAGCAGUUGGAUCCAUUAGCUGUUCAUGUGUUAAUUAUUGCUGACUUUACUCGAUUCAGUGACUGGCUCCGAUUACUUCGCGUCACUGCUCGCGUUUUACAGGUUGUUUCAAAAUUUCGUUCACUUUUGGAUCGAUCUAUUUCUGGCACUAAAAACUUUAUCUACACUCGUUAUCGUAAUUCUUCUGCGUCCACCACUUUAAUAUCUUUGACAGCAGAACUAAUGAAAGCCGCAGAACGACAUGUCUUGCAACGUGUUCAACAAGACAGUUUUAGAGAAGAGAUCCAGUGCAUUACGAGAUCACAACCAAUCGCAAAAUCGAGUCGCCUCAGCAAAUUGUCGCCAAUGAUGGGAGAAGAUAAUCUUUUACGACUGUAUGGUAGGAUUAAGGCCGUACAAAAUGUUGACACUGAUGUAAGAUUUCCCAUACUCUUAGAUGGUCACCAUCCCGUUGUUCGCUUACUCGUUCAAUAUUUCCACAGAAAGGCAGGUCAUGCUAAUAACGAAACGGUUAUAAAUGAGAUCAGACAACAAUAUUGGUUACUUCACUUGCGCAACACCGUACGAAGCGUGGCUUAUCAAUGUUGCUUCUGUCGCAUUAGAAAAACUAAACCACUGAAUCCAGUGACCGGAAAUCUUCCUCCACACCGGCUUGCUCACCAUCGUCGUCCAUUUACUUUCACGGGAUUGGAUUACUUCGGACCAAUUAACGUCACUAUUGGUCGAAGACAUGACAAGCGCUAUGUUGCGCUAUUUACUUGCCUGACGUCUAGAGCUGUCCAUUUAGAGUCCAUUUGUCCACAACCUCUCUGCUGA